AUGGGCAUGAUUGCCCUUGCGGUUGCAUCUUCAGGUAUCGCGUCCCUUCUGUUACCCGGUGGUCGGACAGCUCAUAGCCGCUUCGCUAUCCCUUUAGAAUUGCUUCAAAAUAGCACGUGUGCCAUCAAACAAAAUACCCAUUUGGCACACCUAUUACAAGAGGUAAGGUUAAUCAUCUGGGACGAGGCACCAAUGAUGCAAAAAUAUGCUUUUGAAGCGCUUGAUAAAACACUUAGAGAUAUCUUGGGGUUUCCUGCCCACGCAAACAGGGAACGCAUUUUUGGUGGCAUGCCUGUUUUACUUGGUGGUGAUUUCAGACAAAUCCUGCCCGUCAUCCCAAAAGGAAAAAGAGAAGAUGUUGUUCAGGCAUGCAUAAAUAAAUCGUACCUGUGGAAAAGUUGUAAACUCUUCAGACUCCACCGCAGUAUGCGUGUCAACGAAUACACCUCAGCAGGUGUGCUAGACAUGGAUAGGCAACUUUUCAACAAAUGGUUAUUAGAAAUCGGCGAUGGAAUUGUUCCCUCAAAGACCAAAGAAGGGGAGGAUGAGCCUACCUGGAUCGAGAUACCCACCAGGUUCAUCGUACCUGGUUCUGGUCUUCCUGUGGAAUCGAUUGUUAACGCUGUCUUCCCGUCGUUUACAGAAAGGCAGGUUGAUGACGCUUAUUUGUGUGAAAGAGCAAUACUAACCCUGCACAAUAUAGAUGCGGACGAAAUCAAUGAUUACAUGUUUGCACAACUGAGACGAAACACAAAGAUCUACAAGAGUUCUGAUGAGAUAUGUCGCGCGUCCACAGAUGUAUUAGAACAGGAACAACUCUAUCCGUCUGAAUUUCUAAACUCUUUGACAUUCCCAGGUAUGCCGCCACACGCUUUGCAUUUAAAAGAAGGCCUCCCUAUCAUGCUUUUAAGAAAUGUGAACCCCUCACAAGGAUUAUGUAAUGGCACCCGCCUUAUUAUAACAGACCUUGGUAAAUUUGUUAUCAAGGCUAGAAUACUUACUGGGUCUAAUCGUGGAGAUACUGCAUUAAUACCGAGAAUAACCCUUUCAUCGACGAAAUCAAAAUGGCCAUUUAUUAUGAAAAGACGCCAGUUCCCAGUAAAACCAUGCUAUGCAAUGACCAUUAAUAAAAGUCAAGGCCAAUCAUUAAAAGUCGUUGGUCUGUAUUUGCCUCGCCCUGUGUUCAGCCAUGGCCAGCUAUAUGUCGCGCUUUCAAGGGUUACGACACCUGAAGGUUUAAAGAUUGUCAUCGUCGGAGACGACAACGGUAGCAUGAAAAACCAUACCAGAAACAUCGUUUAUAAAGAGACGUUUAACAAUUUGGCGCCAUCAGAUGAGACACAAUAA